AUGGAAUCUCGAGACGACCUCGAGAAUCCUGGUGAUGCGGCACUUGUAUCUGACAAUUUUUCACCAUCGGAAUUUAUUCGCGAUCGAUUGAAAGGUGUUCGAACUGGGGAUGAGACCAAAAAGCUGCAAGCAUUGCGAACUGAAAUGAAUGCAAUCAAUCAUGCAUCUCAGGAGAUGCUCAAGAAUAAUGUCUUCCAAAACUACCAACAGUUCAUCGAUGCUUCCAAGGAGAUUUCACGUAAGUGGAAAGUCAUCUAUGACCUUGAGUACAUCUUGAAGCAAGAAAUCUAUCAGCUUUCGUCUCUUCUGCUUGAUCAGAAGCAACUUAAUCGAAAAUCUUAUGCAGAUGACAGGCAGGAGACGAUAAAACAUCGAUACAAACAGCUUCCAGUCACACUGCAUCUAUUACUUCUAUCACUCCUAUACAGGUUCUCAUGCAAAAGAUGGAUGGAAUCGCGGUUGGUUCACAGCAUUCUGAACAACAUGCGUAGUACCGACAAAGUGCUACUCUACGGCGAGAUGAUGCUGCUAGACCCUGAAACAAAGGAGGACAUUCAUAGAGCAAUGCUUGUGCUACUUACUGACCGACUGUUGAUAGGAAAUAUUACUCCUUCGGGAAAAUAUAGUUUGGAAUCAACAUUUUCGCUGAGCAACCUGGCCGUUGUCAAUGUAAAAGAUCGAGAGAGUGGACCUGCCAAAGCUGAUCAGUUGUUGAAGCUGCUUGUGUUUCCCGAACAAAGAUACUAUCGCUGUGAUAGUGCUCGCGCUAAGAAGAUGUGGCUUGAUGAACUCGAAAGAGCGAAACGUGACAUCCUCCACGAAGGCAUUUUGGUUCGGCAAUCUACAAUUCGAGGCAAAAGAAUAUCUGUUCAGGAACGUGCCAAGCGUGCUGAAGAUUUUCCCUCUACAGCAAAUUCUCUCCCAGAAACUGAAGAGGGAGAAGUUAAUCAGGAGGAGAUAGCAUGGCUUCAAGAGUUACCUGCAGAGUUGGACGACUGCAUAGCACAUAGAGAUCUUGACCAAGCCGUUGAACUCAUCCAUGAGUGGAAGCAGUGCUCUACGAAGGAUCCUAAUAUUGAUGCUCAAUUGAAAGUUAGGGAAAAUCAGAUUGUUCAACUGCUGAGCGAUGAUGUCCGCCGUCCAGGUGCUGUACAUGGUGGUCCUCGUGCAAUGAAGAAGGCACGGACGCUCUUGUCACAGUUGGGGCGAGGAACGUACGCAAUGGACCUAUAUCUUCGUCGGCGCAGUGCGUUGCAAAGAGCUGCCGUCAAAGACAUUGCAGUGUCGGAAGAACCCUUGUCUUAUGUCCGUCAGCUCUGUACAUUAUUUGCUGGAGCGGUCACUGAUGUAGCCAGCGAAUUCCAUUCACAGCCGCAAUAUUAUUGUCAGGUGCUGCAGUGGUGUUCAGGAGAACUGAGCGUCUUGCUUUCUCUAGUGCGACGACAUGUCAUAGAGGUCGCGCCAGCAAUGACAGUUCUUGCAUUUACAUGGGGAAUCUUGAUGAAAACAAUGGACGAGUUAACUUCUAUGGGUGUGCAGUUGACAUUCGAGGUUCAUCGCCUUUUGUCUCCUGCUUUGGAAGCUGCUAUUGAAACCAAUUUCAACAACAUCAUGCAGGGCGUUAGAUUGCGAAUGUCUGUAAGUUGA